CGGGCCGUGGGAGGAGCUCAACCUCUACCCUGUCCUCCAAAUUUAUUCUAACAGGUAUUUCUAAAACUUACUGGCGAGGAACAACUACUGCAAGACAAAGCGACGUUGCAGACCUUUUUAUAUUUUCAUAGUUCUUUUUCCCCUCUGGAUGAACCGGGACAUGCUGGGCAGGAAGGGCUCCGCCGCGGGGAUGCUGGGCGCUGCAGCCGGGCUGGACCGCUGCAGGGUCGGGGAGAGGCUGCAGGCGGCCCUGGCGGGGCUGCAGGAGCUGCAUCUGCUCAAGGACAGGCAGGGAGACAUGGUGAGCUGGGCGCUCGGGAUGGACCGGGAGGAGCCGGUCUCCUCCGUGCCCGCAGACCUGCAGGCUGCCGGGAUGAUGGUGAUGAUGGGAGCCGAGGAGCAGAGGCUGGAGGCGACGCUGAGCGCCCUGAAGCAACAGCUGUCUCGUCUUCGGAAGCAGGAUGUUGGCCUGAAGUCUCACUUGCAGCAGCUGGACCAACAGAUCAGCGAGCUGAAGCUGGACGUGAGCAAAGCCUCCACGGAGCAACUGGAGAGCGACAGCAGGCCCAGUUCAGGUUUCUACGAGCUGAGUGACGGCGGCUCCUGCUCCAGGUCCAACUCCUGCACCUCCGUCUACAGCGAGUGUCUGUCGUCCUCUCAGACGAGCCUCGUGCCUAUGACCAGCGCUAACUGUCACAUUAGCCCUCCGCCUCCGCCCGGCGAUGUGUCCCGCCGACGCUCCGCCGACGAGAGCAGCACCCAGCCCAACCCUCCGAGGGCCACGGGGCCCCUCCUGGGCAGCAGCAUGAUCCGAGUUGCUGCAGGGACGGAGCAGACACGGCCCAGACCUGUGUCAACAGGGGAUCUUGACAGAGUGAUGGCACACGCACCGGGCUAUGGAAGAUCUGCAGAUGCAAAGAAACCAGCAAUGUGCUCCAAUUUGAAGACCUCCAUGGACCAUAAGUUCCAGUGCAAUCUGGAGUCCCGCUGUGGGACCGAAGUGUACCAUUACCCCAGCCCCCUUCACGCCGUGGCUCUGCAGAGCCCGCUCUUCUCCCAGGUGGGCGAAGCCGGCACACUUGGACUUGGGGAGAGCCAAGGAGCCCCGAUGAAUAGUUACGGCAUGCUCCAAAUGGGCUACGAGAGCAAGACCUUUUGUUAUAUCGACAAGCUUCUCCAGCGCAGCUUAACCAAAAUCCAGUACGGAUCAGGCACCGAGAGCACCGAGUCGCAGGGGAGCUGUCUCACAAAGCCCCAUGAAACUGUUAAUGCGUUGACCGAAGUGUUUCUGCAAGAUAUGUCUCUGCCACAGCCCCCCUCCGUCAAGACCAGAAACGCCGUCCCAGUAGACGGCAACCAGAGGAGACACUGCAUUACGUAUUCAAGCCAAGAAUCGGCUGAUAAUAGAAACCACACGCAGUCAGUGAGGGUUCCAGAUGUUCCCCACAGGUACUCUUAUCCUGCCGCCGUGAAGGAGUGCAGCAGUGAUGAGGUCACCUAUUCAUCUCUGCGUGAGAGUGGCAUGGCCCAGGAAGAAAAUCCUAGAGAUACAAGAAGCUAUGCACAUAAAAAAGGUGGAAAUAAUCCAGAGAGGAAGGGUCAUAGGCAGAGACCGGUGAUAACUCACAGCUCCAGCACAGAGGAGGGUCAAGGCUUCGACGUCUACAACGGUCACGCGGGCUCACCGGAGUUUGUCCAUGCCAAAUUUGUCCCUGCCGGAUCUCAGAAAGUCAAGAUUAGGCAAGCAGAUCGUAAAACCAAAGCUCUGAAGUUGAAAAGAAAAGGCAUUGAGAAGCCCCGAGGACUGAGGCAACAACACGGCUCCUCCUCUGGUGAAAGGAUCAGGGAGGUCAGUGUUGGAACAAAGGGAGACCAGAGAAGACCAGGGAAGGGAAGAGUGACCCAGAGAGGUGCGAGCUGUCAUGCAGAGGAUCUGAGACAGGGCUCGGGGUCUGACUCCAGUCUCUACGGUCCAGCGCUCGCCACCGCCCAUAAGGUCUCGUCCAAGCCACACCUCGUCCCGGCUGCUGCGAAGGUCAGCAGAGGCCAGAGGCUGCAGAGUCCAGAGUACGAGCAUCAUGUGGAGGAGAGGAAGAGGAGGCAUGCGAAAGGGACGUCUGAUCUGGACAUGUUCCAGGUCCAGUGUGCUCAACGUCAAAGGUCAAAGGAGUCCCAUGCACAGGCUCUGCAGGGGAAUGUGCAGAUGCUUCGGAAUUCGAAGUCAGGACAGUGGAUGAGACCUCCACACCUAUUCCAGUCCUCCGUCUCCUCCGAUUCUUUCCUCCACAAUCUUAACGCCAGAUACCCUCCGGCACCUUUUCACGGGUCCAGUCUCUACCCACCGAAAUGUGAGUCUGAGUAUUCGGCCGAAUGCGCCUCGCUGUUUCACUCCACAAUCGCCGAAAGCAGCGAGGGCGAGAUGAGCGAUAACACCACCAACCGCUUCGGAGACAGCGAGUCCAGCCAGAGCUUCCAGUCCUGCUCGGACUCCGACAGCAGCCUGUCCCUGGACGACGGGGACCAAGUGGUGAUCCAGGAGGAGGACGGCAGUCUGGUGUGGGCCGACGCCGCGGUGGGGCCCACGGCCGCCGGACGGCCUCUCCAGCAGCUCCCGUCCCGCCCGGAGCCGUCGGCCUUCCGCAUCAAAGCCUCACGAGCCCUGAAGAAGAAGAUCCGCCGCUUCCAGCCUGCCUCCCUGCGGGUCAUGACCCUGGUGUAGGAAAGCUGCCCCGGGCAGAAACAGCGCUCCUGGGAAAAACCCAGAGAGCAGUGGGAACAGCUUUUCAAAACUGUUUGGACAGAAUUCACGCUGGACUGCAUUGGUACGCUGAUUAUUUUGUUAAUAAAAAAAGAAGAUGGUGGAACCUGAACUAUACAAAUGAAUAAGUGUAUUAAAAAAAGCAUAUAACACUAUGAUUACUUUUAUUCAUAAUGCUUAUUUUCCUGUAAUUAUUGUCAUUAUUAAAGAUUGUCUUCAUAUGUGGUGGAAUUGGACAAUUUCAUACACCUUUUUGUCAAAUAAAUCUUUUCUCAUUGCAAAUACUUCUUCUAUUUUACUUUUAUUGUGACUAUUCAUGUUGGACAUGUUAGAAUAAACUGAUAUUUAAUAUAUAUUAGGUCAGUUUUCACUAAGUUUUUAUGUAUCCUGCUUUUCUUUUAUAUUUAAA